AUGAAAUAUGGACAAUUGUCGAGCAAAGAACUCUCGGAAUAUUUCCAAGAGAGAUCAAACAUGGAGGAAGUGAACGGUAAAGCUUUUAGCAAGCUUGCAAAGCAAACGACGAGCUGUUGCGGAUUGGGAACGUUUGCUCCCCUCUGGGUCAUACUCAGAACGUCCGCGGAAAAAUUGUCCAAUUUACAUUUGCAAAUGUUUCAAAAGUUGGCGGAAUUGGUUAAGGAAAUGACCAAGUACACGGAGGAAUUGCAUAAGAAACACAGGACGGUCAAAGAGGAAGAGUCGAGAACGUUGGAAAUCGUGAGAACGAUGCACACGAUAACGCAAAAUUUACAAAAAGCGAAAGAAAAUUAUCAGCAAAAGAGUUUGGAAUUGGAAAAAUUGAAAAAGGAAAAUGGAUCCCCGAAAGAUAUUGAAAAAUCCGAAAUGAAAUUUAAAAAAUCCCAAGAGGAUUAUAAGACUUUGAUCGGGAAAUAUGGCACGACGAAAGUUGAAUUCGAAGAGAAAAUGACUCAAGCGUGUAAACAUUUUCAAGAAUUGGAGGAAGCUCAUCUCAAACAGAUGAAACAGUUUUUGAAUAAUUACGCGGAAAUUGUUGAGAGUAAUCACGAUUCCGUGGGGAGUGUAAAUAUGGAGUUUAAAAGAAAGUGCGUGGAAAUGACCGUGGACAAACUUUUGGAACAAUUCGUAUUGAACAAAUACACGGGUUUGGAAAAGCCGGAAAUAAUUGAAUUCGAAGAGGCGACCGUGUCUUCGACUUCGCGAACUCUCAUCGCAAACGUUAGCCCGGAUUCGGCUGAGGGAAGGGAAAAAGAAUCGAAAACGUCUAGGGAAAGUAGUCACACGUUGAAAUUCGAAGGGUUUUUAAAAAGUCGCAGGCGAAAGGGUAAAAACGCUUCGAAGAAAAAGAAGGAAAACAGUACGGAUUCGUUUCGUGGCAAAGAUGAUAAAUCCGACGGGGAAGAAGGGAAAGAAGAUGGGGGUAGUACGAAAAAUGAAAUUUCAGCCGAACCCGAAAUAGACGAAGAGGGUUAUUGCAUAAAACCCAAAGUCGAUCUUUGGGAUCACGAAAAGGGUAAUUUUUAUUCGAGCGGAGACAGCGAUUCGGAUGAUGAAAGAGAGAGAAAGAUAAAAGUGGAAAUAAAACCGUUGAGGAGCAGCACGGCCCCCUUGAGCGCGAGCGUGGAUGAAUUGAGAGCGACGGUGGAAAAUAUUCUUCAACCCCCGGCAGCAGGGUUGGCGACCAUGGGAAGAAGAGGUUCCGGCGUCGGAGAUGAUAAAAUAAAGAGGUCGCAGUCUGUGUCUCAGCAAAUAGGGAAACAAAGCAAUGACCUGAUGGCUCUUAAUUUGUUUCAAAGUCCGACCGUAUCAAGUGCUAGCACUCCGACGGGAAACAAUCCUUACGCUCCUCUGCAAAGUCCCCCCACGCUCCAAAGUCCGACUCAACUCAGUAGUGCACCACCGUCCGCCACGUCGAAAUAUUCCGAAUUGGAUGUAUUCUCGGAGGUGGGGGAAAUUCAACCAAUAUUGCCACCCAAACAAACUCGUCAAACGCCCACGCCUACGUUUCGUCAAACUCCGACCCCUACUUCGGCCGUACCUUUUGCUCUUCCUCGUCCUCCAUCCCGCAGAAGCGAAGGUCCUUCUCCGCGAGGACGUAUGAGCCCGUCGGCCAUUUCACGUACCGAUAGCAUUGGUAGCCUUGAAUUCCGCACUUCCGGAAUACCGGUGGGGUCAUCUAGAGGUCCUUCUCCGUUGACCAUCGGCAUAUCGGACACCAUUCCUCUCGCUGUUGCAUUCCACGAAAUUUGCCAUUGUUAUUUCCGAGGUUCGGAUGAAACAAAGUGCCAGGUCAAAAUGUCGGGUGACAUGAUGGUGUCUUUUCCGGCGGGCAUAGUCGCAGUACUCGCUCACAAUCCUUCGCCCGCUUUGUUAUCGUUUAGAAUAAAAGAUAUCAGAAGGCUUCAAAACAUCACACCCAACAAGCAAUUAGUCUCAAUCGAUUCCUCUCAGUCUUCGUCGGACAGUCACGUUUUCGAAUUCAACAUGUCCGCUCUCACGUCUCUAUUGAAAAAGCAAGCCGAACAAAAUCCGACGGCAUCUUAUUUCAACGUCGACAUAUUAAAAUAUUUCAUACGUCCCAAAUCGGGAGCGAGUUCGUGUCCAUUUCAACUCGUCGCGUACUGGAAAUGUUCUCAAAGUCACACGGAUUUAAAAGUCGAUUACAAGUAUAACAGUCACGCGAUGGCAUCCCCUUCUCCCCUUCUAAAUUUAACCGUGUCCGUUCCCGUGGACGGGGGUGUGCGGAGUUUUCAAGCCAAACCCGAUGCGACUUGGAACGCGGAAACAACUCGAGCCUUUUGGAAAUUCACGGAAUUAUCGCAACACAGCGAGGGUCACGGCGUGGGGUCACUCCGGGCCAGAUUCGAAUUGACGAACGGUCCGGGUUCUCAAGGGACCAUAGCGACUCAGUUUAAUUGCGAGGGUACCACGUUAAGCGGAACGGAAUUCGAACUCAUAGGUACCGGGUACAGGUUGUCGUUGGUCAAAAGACGGUUCGUUUCGGGUAAAUACAUAUGCGACGGAGAUGUGGACUCGAAAUAUAGAUACGCAUCGCCUUCUAGCACAGAAUGCUAG